GUCGUUGGAGGCGCUAGUUCUAUAACGGUGGUUCUCCACAGGCGAUAAAGAGGAGAAGAAGAAGAGCUUCGCGGUACUAGAGAAACAGGAGCUGAUCUGCUGAAGAAUCAUCUACUGCUGCAAGUCUCUUGCUCCUAGUGAUCACUUUCCAUCUAAUAUUCGAAUUACCCUUUAAAAACUGCCGAAAUAAGAAAAGAUUGGAUGUGAGAAUAUGGUGUCCAGAAGCUCCAGUACUCAAAAAACAUCUGAUGUGCUUCACAAGAACACACCUCGCAGACCAACACAAAAGAUUUCAGGCAGAAAAAGAACUUGCCACUGUUCAGAGUGUGGAAAGAGUUUUAUUAAACGGAGUGAUCUCCAAACACACCAACGCGUUCACACAGGAGAGAAACCUUAUCACUGCUCAGACUGUGGAAAGAAUUUUACUGUACAUGGUAAUCUCCAAAAACACCAGCGCAUUCACACAGGAGAGAAACCGUAUCACUGCUCAGAGUGUGGACAGAGUUUUAGAGACAGUAGUACUCUCAAGAAACACCAGCGCAUUCACACAGGAGAGAAACCAUAUCAAUGCUCAGAGUGUGGAAAGAGUUUUGCGAGAUGGGGUAGUCUCCAAGUCCACAGGCGCAUCCACACGGGAGAGAAACCGUAUCACUGCUUAGAGUGUGGACAGAGUUUUUCUCUACAGAGUAGUCUCCAAGCCCACCAGCGCAUUCACACAGGGGAGAAACCGUAUCACUGCUCAGAAUGUGGACAGAAUUUUAGAGAGCGUGGUACCCUCAAGAAACACCAGCGCAUUCACACCGGAGAGAAACCGUAUCACUGCUCGGAGUGUGGGAAGAGUUUUCGUCAGCAGAGUAGUUUCCAAAAACACCAGCGCAUUCACAAAGGAGAGAAACCAUAUCACUGCUCAGAGUGUGGAAAGAGUUUUACUACACGGAGUCAUCUCCAAACACACCAGCGCAUUCACACUGGAGAGAAACCAUAUACCUGUUUAGAGUGUGGACAGAGUUUUGCUGUACAAAGUAGUCUCCAAACACACCAGCGCAUUCACACAGGAGAGAAACCAUAUCACUGCUUUGAGUGUGGGAAGAGUUUUAGAGGAAGUGGAGACCUUGGAAAACACCAGCGCAUUCACACAGGAGAGAAACCAUAUACCUGUUUAGAGUGUGGACAAAGGUUUGCUAUACGUAGUAGUCUCCAAAAACAUCAGCGCAUUCACACAGGAGAGAAACCGUUUCACUGCUUUGAGUGUGGGAAGAGUUUUACAGAAUGUGGUACCCUCAAGAUUCACCAGCGUAUUCACACAGGAGAGAAACCAUAUCGGUGUUCAGAUUGUGGAAAGACUUUUUGUCAGCAGAGUGGUCUCCAAAAACACCAACGCAUUCACACAGGAAAGAAACCAUACCGCUGUUCAGAGUGUGGAAAGAGUUUUACUAAACGGAGUGAUCUCCAAAGACACCAGCGUAUUCACACAGGAGAGAAACCGUAUCACUGCUCAGAGUGUGGACAGAGUUUUACUGUACAGAGUCAUCUCCGAGCACACCAGCGAAUUCACACAGGAGAAAAACCGUAUCACUGCUCAGAGUGUGGACAGAGCUUUAGUCAACAGAGUAGCCUCCAAACACACCAGCGCGUUCACACAGGAGAGAAACCACAUCACUGCUCAGACUGUGGACUGAGCUUCAAUCAACAGAGUCAUCUCCGAAGACACCAGCGCAUUCACACAGGAGAGAAACCAUAUCACUGCUCAGAGUGUGGAAAGAAUUUUAGUCUACAGAAUAAUCUCCAAAGACACCAGCGCAUUCACACAGGAGAGAAACCUUAUCACUGCGCAGAGUGUGGACAAGAUUUUAGAGAAAGUGGUGCCCUCAAGAAACAUCAGCGCAUUCACACAGGAGAGAAACCGUACCACUGCCCAGACUGUGGAAAGAGUUUUACUACACAGAGUGAUCUCCAGAUACACAAGCGUAUUCACACAGGAGAGAAACCCUAUCACUGCUUUGAGUGUGGGAAGUGUUUUACUAGACAGAGUCACCUCCAAACACACAAGCGGAUUCACACAGGAGAGAAACUAUUGGAGCAUUCCAAUCAGAAGGCAGCUGUCUAAGUAGGCAGCAUUCUAAGGCAGCAUUUGUGCACUCCCAAGACAAGUGCCGUCCCAUUCGGAAGGCAGCUGCCUUCUAAGGUGCCUUAGUUUUGACCAAAUCUGAAGGCAGCAUUGCAUGUAUCCUUCUCAGCAAAGGCGAUCCCACAAUACCUUUCACCCGCUGAGAGUUCCAUCGCUCCGGUCUGAUCAACAUGGUGGACGAAGCAGACGUUUCUGCCAAUCGAGGAGUAG